GUCAGAUCUUCUUUCCUAAUAAAUAAAAUAUCACAAGCUGAGACUGGACACCUAAUCAAGGCAUGGCGCCUGUUACAAUGAUACUGAGAGUCAUAAUCGUGUUGUAUGUGACUUUAUCAUUGAAAAUACAAAACCUGAGUCAUGCACAGACAGUGAGCGAAGAAAUGCUUGGAGAAAAUACAUGGCAUAUGACACUGCCACCUUACUUGGAUGAAACUGGAAACACCUUAAAACAAGAUCGACAGGCAAAUUGGAAAUCAUUCAAAUACUUAAUCAGCAUCAAAAUAAAUGCUUCAAGGCAAAUGGUACAGGAUAAUCUGAGGACGCUUCUUAAAGGAUUCUCAUUCCCAUAUAAAGUCAGCCAAAAUGUCAUCAUAACCAAUGUGAAUCUCAAUACAACUCAACCUCUAAAACUGUUCAAAUACACAACUGACUUAAAAAUUAAUGCAUCAAGAGGAGCCGUGAUAGAGCAAUUAAGGGACCUGAUACGUGAACAGAAAUUCCCUCUAUGCAUUAAGAAAAGUGUGAAAAUAUCUGGUGUGAACAUCACUACAGUGUGUCUCUCAAAUUCAAACAAAACCCAGUGCAAGUGUGAGAAUCAAUAUGUUUGGUCCUCUGAGCAAUGCUCUAAACAUGGCGUUUGCAGCCCCAAUCAAAAUGAUACCUGUGGAUGCAUCCCUUCGCUUCCAGUUGACGGAACGUUCUGCCGGCCACCACCUGCUCCACUGAAGCCAUUCAAAUACACCAUCAACAUAAAAACCAAUGCUUCAAGAGAAGCUGUGAUAGAGCGCUUGAAGGCUUUGAUUCAUGGACAAAAAUUCCCAGUGUGCAUCAAAACGGGCAUGAAAAUCUCUGGUGUGAACAUCACUACAGUGUGUCAUUCAAAUUCAAACAAAACCGAGUGUAAGUGUGAGAAUCAAUACAUUUGGUCCUCUGAACAAUGCUCUAAACAUGGCAUUUGUGGCCCCAAUCAAAAUGACACCUGCAGAUGCAUCACUUCUCUUCCAACUGAUGGAGCGUUCUGCCGGCCACCACCUGCUCCAAUGAAGGCAUUUAAAUACAACAUCAACAUAAAAACCAAUGCUUCAGGAGAAGCUGUGAUAAAGCGCUUGAAGGCUUUGAUUCAUGGACAAAAGUUUCCAGUGUGCAUCAAAACAAGCAUAAAAAUUUCUAGUGCAAACAUCACUACAGUGUGUCACUCAAAUCUGUACAAAACCCAGUGUAAGUGUGAGAAUCAAUAUGUUUGGUCCUCUGAACAAUGCACUAAACAUGGCGUUUGUGGCCCCAGUCAUAAUGAUACCUGCAGAUGCAUCACAUCUCUUCCAACUGACGGGAAGUUCUGCCGGGCACCAUCUGCUCCACUGAAGUCAUUCAAAUACACCAUCAACAUAAAAACCAAUUCUUCAAGAGACGCUGUGAUAGAGCGUUUGAGAGCUUUGAUUCAUGGACAGAAAUUUCCCAUGUGCAUUAAAAAAGGCAUGAAAAUCUCUAGUGCAAACAUCACUACAGUGUGUCACUCAAAUCCGAACAAAACCCAGUGCAAGUGUGAGAAUCAAUAUCUUUGGUCCUCUGAACAAUGCUUUAAACAUGGCGUUUGUGGCCCCAAUCAAAAUGACACCUGCAGAUGCAUCGCUUCUCUUCCAACUGAUGGGAAGUUCUGCAGGCCACCACCUGCUCCACUGAAGCCAUUCAAAUACACCAUCAACAUAAAAAUCAAUGCUUCAAGAGAAGCUGUGAUAGAGCGCUUGAGGGCUUUGAUUCAUGGACAAAAAUUCCCAAUGUGCAUCAAAACAGGCAUGAAAAUCUCUGGUGUAAACAUCACUACAGUGUGCCUCUCAAAUUCCUACAAAACCCAAUGCAAGUGUGAACAUCAGUAUGUUUGGCCAUUUGAACAAUGCUCUCAAUAUGGCAAUUGCAGCCCCAGUCAUAAUGACACCUGCAGAUGCAUCGAUUCUGUUCCUAAUGUUGGGCCGUUCUGUCAGCGAACACCUGGUCCACUGAAGUCAUUCAAAUACACCAUUGACAUAAAAAUCAAUGCUUCAAGAGAAGCUGUGAUAGAGCGCUUGAGGGCUUUGAUUCGUGGAACAAAAAUUCCCCAUGUGCAUCAAAAAAGGCAUAAAAAUCUCUGGUGCGAACAUCACUACAGUGUGUCUCUCAAAUCCAAACAAAACCCAGUGUAAGUGUGAGAAUCAAUAUGUUUGGUCCUCUGAACAAUGCUCUAAACAUGGCGUUUGUGGCCCCAAUCAAAAUGACACCUGCAGAUGCAUCACUCCUCUUCCCACUGAUGGGAAGUUCUGCCGGC